GUAAUUAUUUCUAACUAGCUAGCGCAUAGACGUAAAUAAUUAUGACAUUUUUAUAAGGAAUAAACGUCCGAUUUUCCCUUUACUCUCAGUUCAAUUUCAAUGGGAGGAAGCUUCUUAUGUGAAAGAACGCUACUAUCUGUGUAAAUUACUGUUUCAAACAUCGGGAAGAAGUAUGGCGGCUACACGAAUUAAAAAGGAAUUAAAAGAUCUAGGACGAGACCCACUGGCAAUGUGUUCAGCAGGGCCAGUAGAUGAUAACUUAUUCCAUUGGCAUGCGUCCAUCACAGGGCCAGUCGACAGUGUUUAUUCCAGUGGAGUCUUUUUCCUUGAGAUAAAUUUUCCUUCAGAUUAUCCUUUCAAACCACCAAGGGUCCAGUUUAGGACGAAAAUCUACCACCCUAACAUUAACACAAAUGGAAGCAUCUGCCUUGACAUACUAAGGUCACAGUGGUCCCCAGCGCUAACCGUCUCUAAAGUACUACUAUCCAUUUCAUCAUUACUCACCGAUCCCAAUCCCGACGACCCCUUGGUGCCCGAGAUAGCCAGGGUCUACAAGACGGACAGGGACAGAUACGACAAGAUGGCCCGGGAAUGGACGAGGUUAUACGCCCGCUCAUGAUGACCAGUCAGGUGAACUCCACUGCCAGGGUGGUAAUCAUUUAAACAAUUCACUUUAUAGCGACUGUAGUAGGUCAGAUAAGGGAAUUCCCACCAAAUACCAAAAAAGGGUUGUUUACCUACCUUCUGAUUACACUGGGGGCCGAAGGAAGGAUUGAUCGGUAUAAACGCCCACCAGCCUCUCCCCCCAGUUUGAUAAUCGUUGUGCAUGUUCAGUUAUCAUGUAUUCACAUUUGUAACACUCUUUUUGUUGUCGUUGUGUUAUUCUCAAUUUUGGUCAGCAUUGUUUCUUAUGAAGGCUUACAUGAAAGUAGACGAGAGCCAUGAAGUACAUGUAAAAUGCCCAUUUUGUGUUUCGGCACAUUUUCAUGGGAGUAUGGGUGAUUUAACGCCUAAAAUAUAAGGUAAAUCACACAUAAAGAUUGCUGUUCGCUGUUAGAGUACUAAAUUGAUAUUUUGGAAGCAUAUAUGACUGACCACUCAGAUCCUUAUUCCUACCAACGUCGCUCAAAGACACUGGACACUAUUGGUUAUUGUCAAAAACCAGUGUUCUCACUAGGUGUAUCUCAACAUAUGCAAAGUUGUUUGCUGGUCAAGCAUUUGCUUACACUUUAUAAAACCCAGAAAAGAUGUCUCGCAAUUUUGUUUUUGAAAUGCCAUGCAAAGGUGCAAGGAAAAAAACAGAUAUUUGUCACCCAGAAAAGCUGUCUCGCAAUUUUGUUUGAACUUCCAUGCAAGGAAACAAACCAAUAGUUGUCACUACUUACUGUACUUGUCAAAUUUGACUUUUUAUUCUUGUAGGGUGUUUAUUGUUUCAAAAGUUUAACUUUAUUUACUAUUUUUAAUUGAUACUUGUUGACGUCGGGAUAUACUCUGAAUAAUUCAAACUGAAAAGUGCUAGUCAGACUACAUCGCUGCAGUGUACUCAUCUGUUAUUUUUUUCCAUUUCUUUGUGUAAGGUGAACCAACCACGUGACAAAAUAAAAAACAUCCCAUGUAAACAACACAGUGUCUUGCCUUCCAAAAAAUGCCCCGGAAUGCUCAGAAACACUGACCUUGUCAACAUGAAAAAUCAUGUCAACAAAAACUUGUUCCAGUAUUAUUAAUAUAUUUUAAAUAAAACAAAGGACUUUGGGUGAAUUUACACUUCUACAUAUUCCAUUUAGCACGAGAGUAGAUGUACAGCUAAGUGUACGUCUAUUCCGCAGAGGGACUUUAGUACCAAUAAUAUGAUUGUCAAUUAAAAAAUGUAAAUUUGAUUUUGAUUUCCCAUUUUCCUCUCGAGGAUUCGAACCCAUGACUCCUGCACUCUAGAAUAGACGAGGCAUGAUUUCAUACAGCUAAGCCUGGCAAUUUGCUUAGCCCAGAGAGUUAUUGCUUAGCAGACUUAGGUUACAAAAAUUCAGAACUAAUAAUACAUUAUAACAUAGACCGGGAGUGAGAAUUUUAGAUCUGAAUUCAGACUCUUAAGGCCAAAUAAAAAAGAAUAUCAGUUUAUCGUCCCCUCCCUCAUCCUUUUUGGAACUAUUUUAUAUUUUAAUUUUUGUUUUGUUUUUAAGACAAUUUGUUGUGUAUUUCUCAUAGUUAACUUACUAAUCUUAUGGCCAGUUUGAAUUAAAAUGCUCGGCGGCCAUAAAAAAUAAAAAGGCACUCAUCCUCCUCUUUUUGGGGAAAAACUCGGACAAUCAACUGGUCUAUUUUUGUUACUUGGCCUAAAGUCUGCCUGAUAAACAGAACUGUAUUUCACUCAAAAAUAUAAAAUAAAUCAUGCUCUUUGAUCUAUUUACUUUGGUUUCCAGAAGCUCCUCUUAAUCUAUAGCUCAAGGGAGUUGCCAAACAAAGGAAGUGCCAGUUUCAAACUAUUUUAUCAACAGUGACCCCCCCCCAGAUAAAUACAGACACCAUACAGCACAAUGGGUUUAAUGUUAUAAACAAAGUUUGCUCAGUGUUGGUUGUGCCAUUAGAUAUCUGCCCCUGCUAAAAGUAAAUGUUAUUUAAUAUAUUUAUGAGAGAAAAUAUAUACGUUUAGUUUGUUUAGAAUGUUCUAGAUGUUUAAACUUUAAGCUCAGUAAAACUUAUUGUACUAACUUUUGCAUUAUUAUUAUUAUUAUUUCUUAAAUAACAGUUCAAAUAUUUUGUUUGGAAGUUUGUGAAGAUCAGUUGUGAAUAUGACAACCCUUCUAGUCUUGCCUGGCGACGCUCAUUACGCAUUAAUUGAUAUCACAACAUGAAUAACUGGAGAAGAGAUAUUCUUAUCUCAAAAGCAUAUUAUGGAUCAAAACGAACCCAGGGCCCAAUUUCAUAGAGCUGCUAAGCACAACCAAUUUUGCUUACCAGAAUGAGGUUUCCAGCCACACUACCAAGUCAACUGUAUAAUUUGUAACUGGUAUCCUGCUCAUUUCUGCUUAGCAGAAAACUGUUAAGCAAUUUUUUUGUGCGUUAAGCAGCUCUGUAACAUUUGGCCCUGUUUUUGGUCUAGAUUUUUAGACUUACCUAGUCCUUCCCAGUCAUGGUCAACUAAUAAUUUCUCACUCCAUAUUAAUAUAAACAAUGACUUUGAUGAGAUGGAAAAGUUCAACUUUGCUAAUUUCAAUUUGUAAUCUACUAUAAUAUUUGAUAACUCAUUCAUUUGAACUGAUUAUGUAUAACAUGUACUAUUAAAUUACUGCAAAACUUUGAUGUACGGAA